GAGCCUCGAGCCCCUUCUGUGCCUCUGUCCCAGUGUUGCCAUUCCGACGCACGUCUCUCGUGGAGGAGCAACAGCUACGCGGAGCUGGCGCGAGCGGACUACACGGGCUUGUCCGCGGUGCCGAGGGGCUCGAUCCUCCGCUGCAGCCGACAGAUGCGCCCCUGGACGGAGGUUCGGCGUCGGUGAAGUCGCGCGACGGGCAUGAGCCUGAGACGGGGCGCAGCGUAAGCGCGGCUGUGGCAUCGCGUCCGCUACUCGGGGGGGUGGAGGAAAUAACGGGAGCUCGGCGAAUGCAACGCACACGGGGGCUGCGUUAUUGCCACUCGUCGGAGGAUUUGGACGGAACCGGGCGCCGAGGGAGCCCGUCUCAGCGGAAGACAUGAGAAGAGGGAGAGGAACACAAAGCUCGGCUGCGCUGCUCCGUGUCUGAGUCUCCAUCCAUCACACCUUUCUUCAUGUUGCAAGCGCCUGGUUUAUGACAAUGGAUUACUUGCUGUGGGUGUGCAGCCUCGUUGUGCCCGUGGUGCUGGCGGUGGAAGAUACGCUCAUGGACAGUCGGUGGGCAACCACAGAGCUGGCGUGGACCACGUUCCCAGAGAGUGGGUGGGAGGAGGUUAGCGGCUAUGACGACUCCAUGAGCCCGAUCAGAACCUACCAGGUGUGUAAUGUGCGCCAGCCCAACCAGAACAACUGGCUGAGGACCGACUUUAUUCCCCGCAAGGGCGUGCUGCGCGUCUACGUGGAGCUCAAGUUCUCCGUCCGCGACUGCGCCAGCAUCCCCAACAUCCCCGGCUCCUGCAAGGAGACCUUCAACCUCUUUUACUACGAGUCGGACGGGGACACGGCCACGGACAGCAGCCCCCUGUGGAGGGAGAACCCGUACGUGAAGGUGGACACCAUCGCCCCGGACGAGAGCUUCUCGCUGCUGGAGGCGGGCCGCAUCAACACCAAGGUGCGCAGCUUCGGGCCCCUCUCCAAGGCGGGCUUCUACCUGGCCUUCCAGGACCUGGGCGCCUGCAUGUCGCUCAUCUCCGUCAGGGUCUUCUUCAAGAAGUGCUCCACCACCAUUGCCAACUACGCCGUCUUCCCCGAGACCGCCACGGGGGCGGAGGCCACGUCCUUAGUCAUCGCCCCGGGCGCCUGCGUGAGCAACGCCAUGGAGGUGUCCGUCCCUCUCAAGCUCUACUGCAACGGGGACGGCGAGUGGAUGGUGCCCGUGGGCUCGUGCACCUGCGUCGCCGGAUUCGAACCCUCCGCCGACGGCACCCAGUGCCAGGCCUGCGUCCCUGGCACCUUCAAACCCAAGUUCGGGGAGGGCUCCUGCGCCCUGUGCCCGAGCAACAGCCGCACCAGCGCGCGCGGCGCCAACAUCUGCCCGUGCCAGAACGGCUUCCACCGGGCCGACAGCGACCCGCCCGACUCCGCCUGCACCACCAUCCCCUCGGCGCCGCGCAGCGUCAUCUCCAGCGUGAACGAGACCUCGCUGUCGCUGGAGUGGGAGGAGCCCGAGGACACGGGCGGCCGCGGCGACCUGGUCUACAACGUGGUGUGCAAGAAGUGCCUGCGCGACCGCAGCCCGUGCACGCGCUGCGACGACAACGUGGACAUCGCGCCGCGCCGCCUGGGCCUGCGGCUGAAGAAGGUGGUGGUGAGGAACCUGCAGGCGCACACGCGCUACAGCUUCGAGGUGCAGGCCGUCAACGGCGUGUCCGGCAAGAGCCCGGCGUCGCCCAGCUACUCCACGGUCAACAUCACCACCAACCAGGCCGCGCCUUCCGCGGUGCCCACCGUCCACCUGAUGCGCUCCACGUCGGACACGCUCAGUCUGUCCUGGCUGCCCCCCGAGAAGCCCAACGGGGUCAUCCUGGACUACGAGAUCAAGUACCACGAGAGGGGCCAGGCCAUGUCGCACACCGUCACGGCGCAGCACAGCUCGGCCAAGGUGGAGGGUCUGAAGGCCGCCACGCCCUACGUGGUGCAGGUCCGAGCUCGCACCGUGGCCGGGUACGGGCGCUACAGCAACCCCAUGGACUUCACCACCAGCCUGCACAGCGACCCUCAGAAGUCGGUGCAGGACCAGCUGCCUCUCAUCAUCGGCUCGGCCUCCGCCGGCCUGGUGGUCAUCGUAGCCUUGGUGGUUAUCGCCGUUGUCUGCCUCAAGAAGCAGCGCAGCGGCUCGGAGCUGGAGUACACCGAGAAGCUACAGCAGUACAUUUCUCCAGGGGUCAAAGUGUACAUCGACCCCUUCACCUACGAGGACCCCAACGACGCCGUCCACGAGUUUGCCAAAGAGAUCGACAUCUCCUGCGUGAAAAUCGAGGAAGUCAUCGGUGCAGGUGAGUUCGGCGAGGUGUGCCGCGGGCGACUCAAGCAGCCCGGUCGCAGGGAGAUGGUGGUGGCGAUCAAGACGCUGAAGGCCGGGUACACCGAGCGCCAGAGGCGGGACUUCCUCGCCGAGGCCUCCAUCAUGGGCCAGUUCGACCACCCCAACGUGAUCCGGCUGGAAGGCGUCCUGACGCGGAGCUGCCCCGUCCUCAUCAUCACCGAAUUCAUGGAGAACGGCGCGCUCGAUUCGUUCCUCAGGCUGAACGACGGGCGUUUCACCAUGACUCAGCUGGUGGGGAUGCUGCGUGGCAUCGCCGCGGGGAUGAAGUACCUGUCAGACAUGAACUACGUUCACCGAGACCUCGCCGCCCGAAAUAUCCUGGUCAACAGCAACCUGGUGUGCAAGGUGUCCGACUUCGGCCUGUCGCGCUUCCUGGACGACACCUCCGCCGACCCCACUUACACGAGCUCCCUGGGAGGGAAGAUCCCCAUCCGGUGGACGGCGCCGGAAGCCAUCGCCUUCAGGAAGUUCACCUCAGCCAGUGACGUGUGGAGCUACGGCAUCGUCAUGUGGGAGGUGGUGUCCUAUGGGGAGCGGCCGUACUGGGACAUGAGCAACCAGGAUGUGAUGACGGCGGUGGAGCAGGACUACCGGCUGCCGCCGCCCAUGGACUGCCCCAUGGUGCUGCACCAGCUGAUGCUGGAGUGCUGGAUGAAGGAGCGGAACCUGCGGCCCAAGUUCUCGCGCAUCGUCAGCACCCUGGACAAGCUGCUGCGGAACGCGGCCAGCCUCAAGGUGGUGACCAGCACCUACUCAGGGGACCUGCUGCGGCUCGGAGGAACGCUGCCGGGACACAACAGGAAGAGUCCGGACAGCAGUCAGGAAAUAGUGCGGCAACAGAUGAGCCAGACUCUGCCCAUCAGAGUGUGAGCCGCCGCCACCGCCGUCGAGCCGGAUGUGUACACUACCUAGAAACUCUGAGCCAAGAGCCUGAUGUAAAAUAUGAAGACGACAGAAGAAGGAAGCUCCAGCUCCAUGGAGAGAGAGAGAGAGAGAGAGAGGACCGCUGUGGAGACCUCUCCCUCCUGGAGGUGUAUUGUCCGCUUAAAGACAACUUUCCAUUGCAGUGUGUAUGUUCAUUACUUGACACUUGUGGAUUUGUGACUAUAUACAUGAAGCCAAACUUCCUAUUGCUCCUUCUCAGGUUGUGUUUGCAUGUCUGCAUGUGUUUUCUGCUGGUUGGGAACCGGUCUUUCCUCCUCCUCAGCCUCGCGCCCGGGGACGAGAGCGCUCACACAGAUAGUAUUCAGCGUCUGCGACAAUACGACAGUGCCAAGAUAAAGCAAACGUCUGCUUACAACCGACUCUGAAGACAGAUCGUCAUCUGUAGAGCGUCACUCAACCUUUUCCCAUUUUUUUCAACCCAACCAACUUCCUUCUUUUUCUUGGCUUUGAUUUUUUUUUGGUUUCUUUUAUUUCGGAAACAAGGAAAAAAACACACCCUUUUCAUCUGCUUCCUCUUAAAUACUGUCUUCCACAUAUACUGGGGGACAUACGUGUUACAAACCUGUACAAAGCAUCCGAGUCUUCACGCCGCCUCUCCGGCAGCCGGAGGAGAGACGCCACUGACACUGUGCGGGACACGACAUGUGCAUGCCAAAGUGGAAACCACAGGAGUUCCAAUGAGUUCUAUAUAACUGUUGCUUUGGUGGCAUUUUGCUGUAUGGACUUUAACGUCCAUGUUUUCUUAAUCUUAUUUGAUUCAUAUACGCAUUGUUUUGAAUGCUAAGUUAUUAUCUAUGAUCUCAAAGAAGUGUUUUGUGUCGUUUGUUUGUUUAGUUUUUUUUUUUUUUUUUUACCGGGGGCUUAAUACUUUUAUUCCAAUGCUUGUGUUUUUUUUUUUUUUGUUCCCCCACACGUUAGCAAAACAGACGACCGCGCAUUAGGAGGAAACGUUCUGCUCAGACAGAAUAAUUACUUCUGCAAACACUGGGGACACUUUGUCAAGAUCGUUGUUAAGCGUUUUCAUUCCAACCGGGAGGCGCCGGUGGUUGUGCUGUGUUGUGCGUUUUAUUUUGGCGAGCGCGUUGCAGAUCAACGGGAAUUAAAAAGGUCACUUGAGAUGAUCUAGAUGAUUGAUUCAUGACCUUAAUAUUGACCUGACCUACAAACCUGUCACUCAUUGGUUCCUUUCUCUUGACACGUGUUUUCUUCCGCUGUCAGCGCAGCUCCUAUUUAAAACGACUGCCUGUAUAUAAUACUAUAUUUCUAUUAGACCGAUCUGCUCAGCAUUUACAACUAUCUGACCUGACUUCGGUCUCUGCGGGACCCUCGUUCAUAUGCUUGUUUGUUUAAUGUGGAGGAGCAAACAUAUGGAGGAUUUCCAGUGUAACGGUCAUUACAUAUCUGAAACUAUACAGAAAGAAGAAACUCAAAUGUGUGUCUGUUAGGGCAGACUGUGCAAUUAGAGGUGUAUUAGACUGUAAAAGAAAAAAAAAGCCAGAAAACUUGAACAAAAAUAAACAUUUCUCUUUCAGUAUUUUUACGAUAAUCAUAUGCAAAUAAAUUAUUAAAUGGA